UAAUAUACCCACAAGCUCCCCUAUUUUGGAGAUUCAUGUUAAAUGAUUACAGAUUAAGUUUGAUUUGAUGAACAUCUUUCGUAGAAGGAGUAUAUGCAGUCUAUGGCUAAAACCAACAGGGGCUCCGUUGUGUGACGGGGCCGCGCAAGCAGCGUGUUCGCAGCGCACCCGUAAUGCAUUUUCUCAUUUGCUGCUCGCCCGCAUCGCCCCGUAGCCGAUAUCCUAUUCCGCUUGUGUAAAAAACAUGUUUUAUUUAUGGUUCUACGGCCUCCUUUUAUAUCUGUGCUGUUUUUAUGUGUCACUUUGACAUACGAAUGACAUAGAUAAUAAAACGCUACGGAUUUCGUUUCAUGAUUCGAUGUCGUAGAUUUUGUAUUAUUUGUAUUGUAGUUUUUUCGCUAUCAUGUUUAUAUUUUAAUAUUUAUCUCAGCUGGUUUACGUCCCCGCAGCUUAGUACUGUGGUGUAUUUACUUAUAUAUUGCUCAUGUUACCUUUCGGUUAAAUUAGCAAAGGAAUAAAUAUUAAAUAUGUUUUCUGCUCUCAAGAAACUAACGAGAAGCGGAGAUGAUCGCUGUCCAGCUCCUUUGCCCAUGUCUUCUUCUUUGCAGAAGAAGUUUUCCAAGGGGGUUCAUUUUAAUAUGAAAAUACUGAUAAAAGGCGACAGGAAUGUUGGAAAAUCGUGCCUAUUGCAGCGUUUACAAGGUGGACCCUUUAUCGAAGAUUAUGCGCCUACUGAUCAAAUACAAGUUGCGCCUAUACACUGGACAUAUAAAAAUACUGAUUACAUUGUUAAGGUAGAAGUAUGGGAAGUAGUAGAUAAAGGUCGUACAAAGAAGAAACCGCCAUUAGGCUUAAAACUGGAGAACCAGUCCGCUGCAGCAACCACAGAAGAUGGUUAUGAAACCCCAGUUCUUGAUGCCACAUUCUUAGAUGUAUAUAAAAAUGCCAAUGGCGUUAUUUUGAUGCUGGAUAUUACAAAGCCUUGGACUUUUGACUAUGUGGUAAAAGAGUUAUCUCAAGUGCCAGCUGAUCUACCAGUUGUGGUGCUAGGCAACCAUUGUGACAUGCAGCACCACAGACAAGUGCAUCCCCACCAUAUUGAACAAGCUCUUCACCAUGCCAAACUUAUAAGAACUGCUCCUGUGCGUUAUGCGGAGUCUUCAAUGCGAAAUGGGUUUGGACUUCGAUUACUGCACAAAUUUCUCAGCGUGCCAUUUUUAAGGCUUCAAAAGACAAGCUUAUUAGAACAACUACAGAGGAAUCAGAGGGAUGUUGAGGAGAUUGAAAAGGAACUUGAUGACUUCCAGAAUUCUGAAGAGUCCCAUUACAAUCUGUUUGUGGAUCGCCUUGCAAAUAAACGACGGCAAAGCGCGGGCCAGCUUGAACAUCGCCCAGCUAAUGAUCGUUCUCCUAGCAUCGUGCUUGGAGCUGGCAAACCUAUCGUACCGCCUAGUGUCAAUCCUCUUGUAGCGCAAUCCUUAGCUGGCAAUGGAUUGAAAACACAGAGCCACUAUGUUAGCUCUGAAUUAACAAAGCCUAAAAAUCAAGUUAGUAUGGAAAUGACGCCACCUCGACUACCUCAACAAGACAGUGGACCGAGUACGCCAUCUGGCGUUAAUAUAUCCGCCUCAUCUGGAUGUCUGGAUGAAUUUUAUGCAGGUACAUUGGACAGUAGCUUUUUGGAAGACCUUCCAGCAAUAUCCACCACCAACCAAGAAAUUGCAUAUGACACGGACAGUGAAGAUGAAAAUACUACUAAUCCUAAAGUAACAAUCGAUCAGGAAGACCUGGACUUCGAAAUUAGUUCAUCAGCGGAACUUAAAAUUGAGACAAAGUUGCCAACGGAAAAAAUAUCAAGAACAAACCAAGAUGAAGACAACCUUGAUAAAAUGAUGAGUCGAAUGAAAAUGGAGGAGGAUGUUGAUAGCCAUGGUUCGGAUAUAGGAGUCACGCCUAUAUUUGAAAAAAGUCGUCAUAUUGACUUGCAAAUUUCACUGGACAACGACUUUCCACUGUGGGCUGGCGAUACGAGUGCAAGAAGAUCUCCUGAAGGUGGUGAAGAUCCUGACACGGCUAAAGAACCCAGUGACAAGGAAAAAAAGCACAAGAAGAAGAAAUCAAAGGACAAGGACAGAGGAGAUUACAACGAGAAAUCCGAGAAAAAAGAAAAGAAGCAUAAACAUAAGAAAUCAAAAAGUGAUAAAAAGCCUUCUCACCCUCAACUGGACUUACUGGCACCGUCGUCGGCAACAGAGUUUAAUUAUGAAGAGUAUGAUAGCAUUUAACAUCAAUAUUCUAUUAUUUGAACUUCUACAUUCCAUUCGUCUAUAUUCGUGUGAUUUUUAUAAAUGUCUGUAUGAUAUGACAUAAAUAUAAUCUUUAUUAUUAUAAACCAAUAGUAAAGAUGACGGCAUGUUUCUAGCCAUUGUUUUCUGCAGCAAAUUGAUGGCUCUAAAUACAACUGCACAGCAUGGACUUCAUAUAGUCUGACUUACAAGCACCAUAAUUUUUCGAUUUUGUGUAAAUGAGUUAUGAUAGAAGUACCUCGCCAGCGCAUCUGGACUUUCCAAUUUAUACUUUUGAAUUACCGGAUGUCUAGGCAUUCAUCCUGAAGCACUCAAUUAAAAAAAAAAACUUUCAAUGCAUAUGCAGGCAAGCAUACCCAUUACCAUAUAUAACAAAUAUUUUUAUUAAUUUUAAUGUAUUAAAUAUUUAAAUAGAUACAUACAGAAAUAAUAAUAAUCGGGAAGCAUAAUUUAUGGAAUCUCAAAUUUAGUAUUGGCAGAAAGCAAAUGUAAUAAAUUUUCUAGUAUGUAAAUAUAAAAACUAGUUUAAUCUAUCUAUAGCCAUGAAAUUAAAAGGUCAAGCACAUUAUUUUUCCAGUAUUCUUUGCAAUUUUUUUGCAUAUAAAUAUAACUUUGCAGCAAUCAUUUGAUUAGAAUAUUGCAUUUGAAAGCUGCUUAUUUAUUUCUAUGGGUAAAGGAACAAUACAACACACUGGUAACAAUACAAUACUGGUAUCUAGUGCAUUAUAAUUUAACUAGCUUCUGCCAGCGGUUUCACCCGCAUCCUGUGGGAACUUCUGCAUGAACCCGGAUAAAAAGUAGUCUAUAGCCUUCCUCGAUAAAUGGGCUAUCUAACACUGAAAGAAUUUUUCAAAUCGGACCAGUAGUUUCGGAGAUUAGCGCGUUCAAACAAACAAACAAACUCUUCAGCUUUAUAAUAUUAGUAUAGAUACUCCAGUUAUUCCACAGAUACGGUUAAUCCAGUAAACUUUCGUAAAAAGUGAAGUGGUACCCCUGGGACUAAGUAUGUUAAAAUUCAAUAGGGUAGUUUCAGGACGCUGACUAUUUUGUCUCUGUUCAUAAGUUGAGAUAGAUUUGCACUUAUUUGUAUGUCUAGUUAUGUCGAAUGGUGCCAAAGUGGAUUCUAAUUGUAAAUCAGAUGAUAAUGGCCUUGGAUGUGCAUUUAUUUUUGCAACGGAUACCUAUUGAUGAAUGUCUGCCUUUUUACUGACAUAUCCCUUUUAUAAUAUAUCUAGCUUCGUCUUAACAAGUCUGUUAUUAUUGAAAACGUGCAAUGCAAUUCGUAUAAUGUUUGUAAUCGUAAGUUAAAAUUGAAAUUAAAUACCUCGUUACAGCAUAAAAUAUUUUAUCAUGUUAUAUGUAUGCUUGUUGUCUAAAUAAAAUGUUUUAACAACGCA